AACAACAUGGCGCCUGCCAUUCGGGCACCGCGAGAGAGUCGGGGAGGAGGAGAGACGCGAAGGAAAGCGCCCGGGGCGCAAAGCAUCUUCUCCUUCGCGACAGCCGCGCUGUCGUAAACCGGUGAAUGGCUCCCGUGUGGCGAAGGGGGAGAGGCGAGCUGGGGAUUGUGUGCGGCGGCGGCGGCCCUUCUCUCUGAGGCGCCUGUCCUUCUCCCCCCACCCGCCCGCCGCCAUCGGAGAGACAUGGAUCCCAACCGGAUCAUCCAGGCGCUCAAGGGCACCAUCGACCCUAAGCUGCGCCUGGCGGCCGAGAGCGAGCUGAACCAGUCCUACAAGAUCAUCAACUUUGCUCCCAGCCUGCUACAAAUAAUAGUUUCUGAUCAAGUGGAAUUCCCAGUCCGACAGGCGGCUGCUAUUUACUUGAAGAACAUGGUGACGCAGUACUGGCCAGACCGAGAGCCACCACCUGGAGAAGUGAUAUUUCCAUUCAACAUUCAUGAAAAUGAUCGGCAACAGAUUCGGGAUAACAUUGUGGAAGGAAUUAUUCGUUCUCCAGACUUAGUGAGGGCCCAGCUGACAAUGUGUCUCCGCACUAUUAUCAAGCAUGACUUCCCAGGUCACUGGACUGCAGUGGUGGACAAAAUAGGCUAUUACUUGCAGUCUCCCAAUAGUGGGAGCUGGCUUGGAAGUCUGCUGUGCCUGUACCAACUCGUGAAGACCUAUGAAUACAAGAAGGCUGAGGAGAGAGAGCCCCUCAUCGCUGCAAUGCAGAUAUUCUUGCCUCGGAUUCAGCAGCAGACAAUCCAGCUCCUUCCUGACAACUCCCAUUACUCUGUGCUCCUUCAGAAACAGAUCUUAAAGAUUUUCUAUGCACUUGUUCAGUAUGCACUGCCACUUCAGCUGGUGAAUAACCAAACUAUGACUCAGUGGAUGGAGAUUUUCCGGACUAUCAUCGACAGAAGUGUGCCUCCUGAGACUCUGCAGAUUGAUGAAGAUGAUAGGCCAGAACUAGUAUGGUGGAAAUGUAAGAAAUGGGCUUUGCGGAUUGUUGCUCGCCUUUUUGAAAGGUAUGGCAGUCCUGGGAAUGUAACAAAAGAAUAUUUUGAAUUUUCUGAGUUCUUCUUGAAAACCUACGCUGUGGGAAUCCAACAGGUGCUCCUAAAAAUCUUGGACCAAUAUAGGAAGAAAGAGUAUGUUGCACCACGUGUCCUUCAGCAAACAUUAAACUAUCUGAACCAAGGGGUCAAUCACUGUAUAACCUGGAAGCAAAUGAAACCACAUAUGCAGACUGUGUGUGAAGAAGUGAUCUUUUCCCUGAUGUGUUAUAAAGAUGAGGAUGAAGAGCUCUGGCAAGAGGACCCCUAUGAGUACAUCCGCAUGAAAUUUGGUAAAUAUGAUGUCUUUGAAGAUUAUGCAUCCCCUACAACAGCUGCUCAGAUACUUCUGUACACUGCAGCAAAAAAGCGAAAAGAGGUGUUACCCAAAAUGAUGGCAUUUUGCUAUCAGAUACUUACUGGGCCCAAUGUUGACCCUAGGAAAAAAGAUGGGGCAUUACAUGUGAUAGGAUCUCUAGCAGAGAUUUUGCUGAAGAAGAGUGUCUUCAAGGAUCAAAUGGAGCUGAUGCUACAGAAUCACAUCUUUCCACUGUUCAUGUCGAACCUGGGGUAUUUGAGAGCAAGAUCCUGUUGGACUCUUCAUUCGUUCAGUACUUUGGAAUUCCACAACGAACUCAACCUAAGGAAUGCUGUUGAGCUAACAAAGAAGAGCCUGAUUGAUGACAAAGAGAUGCCUGUCAAAGUGGAAGCUGCCAUAGCACUUCAAUCAUUAAUAAGCCAUCAGGAACGAGCAAAGGAAUACAUUAAGCCCUACAUCAGGCCAGUUAUGCAGGAGCUGCUGCUUGUUGUUCGGGAGACUGAGAACGAUGAUCUCACCAAUGUAAUCCAGAAGCUGAUUUGUGAAUACAGUCAGGAAGUAGCAACAAUUGCUGUUGAAAUGACACAGCACCUGGCAGAGAUAUUUGGGAAAGUUCUCCAAAGUGAAGAAUAUGAAGAACUGGAGGAUAAAACUGUCAUGGCUAUGGGGAUCCUUCACACAAUUGAUACUAUCCUUACUGUUGUGCAAGACCACAAGGAGAUAACUCAACAGUUGGAGAGCAUUUGCUUACAGAUCAUUGGCCUCGUCUUGCAGAAGCACGUAAUAGACCUCAUCAGAUCUGCGGGGGUUUCCCUUUCAGAGUUCUAUGAAGAAAUCCUCUCUCUAGCAUACAGCUUGACGUGCCAUCUUAUUUCACCUCAAAUGUGGCAGCUUCUGGGUGUCUUAUAUGAAGUAUUUCAACAGGAUUGCUUUGAGUACUUUGCAGAUAUGAUGCCUCUCUUGCACAACUAUGUCACCGUUGAUACCGAUACGUUACUGUCAAAUCCCAAAAAUUUAGAGAUAAUUUACACCAUGUGUAAAAAGGUAUUAACUGGUGAUGCAGGAGAAGAUGCCGAAUGCCAUGCAGCCAAGCUCUUAGAGGUCAUUAUUCUGCAAUGCAAAGGGAGGGGUAUUGACCAGUGCAUCCCGCUCUUUGUAGAAGCUGUCCUAGAGCGCUUAACGCGAGGGGUUAAAACCAGCGAGCUCCGCACCAUGUGUCUCCAGGUGGCCAUUGCGGCCCUUUACUACAACCCUGAUCUCCUUUUGCACACUUUAGAGAACAUCAGAUUUCCUCACAACUCAGAGCCCAUCACUGCACAGUUCAUAAACCAGUGGAUGAAUGAUACAGAUUGUUUCCUUGGCCUCCAUGACAGGAAGAUGUGCAUCAUAGGGCUGAGCAUUUUGAUGGGGCUGCCCAACCGACCUCCCGCAGUAGAUGCUGUGGCUGCUCAGAUUGUUCCGUCGGUCCUCCUUCUGUUCCUGGGACUGAAACAAUUGUGUGCCACCAGGCAGCAUACGGAACAUGAAGAACAUGCUAAAUCUGAAAAGAAUGAAGCAGAAGAUAAUGAAGAGAUUCCAAGUGAUGAAGAGGAGGCCAAUGAAGUCAGCCAGGAGAUGCAGGAAAACCAUACAGGUGGUGGGGGUGAUGCAGGAGAUGACGAUGAAGAUGAUGACGAUGACUGGGAUGAUGAUGCACUGGAAGAAACUGCUUUAGAAGGUUUCAGCACCCCUAUCGACCUGGAUGAUGGUGUGGAUGAAUACCAGUUCUUUACACAGGCACUACUAGCGAUACAGAGCCGAGAUGCAGCCUGGUACCACUUGCUGACAGCACCACUCAGCAAUGAUCAGAAGACUCAGCUGCAGGGCAUCUGUGCGUUAGCUGAACACCGGAGGAGUUCAGCAGAAUCAAAGAGGAUAGAGCAGCAAACGGGCUUCACAUUUGAUAACAAAGGACUGGUCUCUUCAUUUAACUUUGGCAAUCCUCCAGGGAGCAACUGAAGGAGGAAAAGACGAAAGCUUAAGGGACUCUGCAGAAUAUUUCAUUAUUGCAUUUUAUUAAAACAGCAACACACAUUUGUGACUUGUGAGCAGACAAGGGAAGGUAAUGGAGUGCUCUGGAAGAUGAUUUCCUUUUGGGAAAGGCAGUGGUCAACCCUCUUUCCCCUCAUUAGGACACUCUUUCUAACCAGCUACUGUAAUGUAUAAAUUCUUGUGGUAUUUUUCUAAGUUGUUGGACUGAAGAACGUCUCUGUUCCUGCUCUUCCCCGUGAAAUGGGGAAGCAGCUGUAUGGAAUUGGAUUGAGUUGCACUUCUCAGGUCUUUGCCAUGUGAAAUUGAAGGGGUCCUAUGGAUAACAGUGCCUUCUGUUGUAUAUGGAUUGCCUGAACAAAUAAUUUUGGAGUGCAUAGUGCAUUUUUUAAAUUUUAUUUUAAGGAAGGACAUUUAAUAGGCACACUUCAAAUCUUGCUUUCCUCUAGUGAAAUCAUGGCUGUAUUUUGUCAGUCACAAACUUCACACCGUUGGCUACGCAAACCUUUCAGCUUUCCCGAGUUCAUCUGUAUGUGUCCAGGGUAAUAAUUUCUCUUGGAGUUAUCAAGAAUAACCUUUAUGUUCACAGCUGUUACCAGAAAGCAGACCUACCCAUGGAAAAUAUUUCUUUAGAUUUCUACUUGGGGUUUGUUGAUGCAGUGGUUUUCAAACUAUCUGCCUUGAAGGAAUCCUUUCUGUGUUGCCCUGUCUACCAAGGAAUCCAUUGUGCAUUGCAGUAGGUCCUGGAGCAUAGCCCUUCUGACUUUUUGAGCCUGCGACCUGACAUGUUGGGUGGGUCUCACUAUUCUCUCUUUCAGGGAAGCUGGUUUGCCAGGCUCAGUCUUAUUAUGAGCCCAAGGUGUCUCCAGAACAGUUUGGAAGCUAUUGCUUUUAAUGGAGGCAUUGUAAUUAUUUGGGGGGUGGGGGGACAGUUUGUAGAUGUAGCAAUGGUGUGCCUGGCCUGGCAUAUUCAGAUCUAGAACUAUCCCAUUGCUCUUGUGGAUUUAUUGAUGUAUUGGUAAUCAAACAGUGGCCUUUGCAAGCAGUGGUUCUUUAUAUUGUCAUCUGUCUUUGACAAAAUGAGGUUUUCCAGCCAUGCCUGUGCUGAAAACCUACGCUUUAAAGAACUGCUUUUAUUGGCUGCAUCACUCAGGUUGUAUCCAGCAACUGAGUGAUCACAAAAAUCUUAGGUUUAAAAGGCCACUCUCCCGUAACAUCAGAAAUGAAUUGGAACUAGGCAUUGGUGAGCAGAACGUGAGAAAAAUGGUCAGGUAGACAGGGGUGGAGCAGAACAAUGAGCCUAUGUUCAUAUAGCUUACCUUGCAUAAAGGGAAGAAGUGUCUUAAGAAACCAGGCAUCUGAUGGAGACUGGACUGAGUCUCUGGACUACCACUUUCCUAUCCCUGGUACUCAUUCUCCUUCAUCUCCCACUGCCCAUUGUUGUAGCAUAUGUUUCCCAGGCCAUAAUACUGGGUGCUCGUGUCUUUCUCCAAAUGUUACUGAGGGAACUUGGUGUUUGAGCCUUACCAGUUCUCCAGCCACACUUGAUGGCGGUAUUUAGUGAGAAAUUUUCUGUUUGCAUGUUACCAAUUAAUACAAAAUACAUGUAUGCCAAGUUGAUUGUGAAAGACAUGUGCAGUGCAUAUUUCAAGUACAGCUUUCCCUUUUUAAAAUACACAAAAGUGACAAGUGGGCAAGAACCAAACCACCUUGCUGGUUUGUUUACAAGGGGAAAGCCACAUUUGAAGCAUCAUAACUGAUGCAUUGGUACCCAGGCACAAAAUAUAUUGUGAGAUGUGGUUUUCAGUGUUCAGGAAAAACAUUGAUUCUCUUUCCCAGAACUGCUUCACAUAGGUAUACAUUGAGGAACACAGGAUUAAGCACUAAGCAAAGAUAAUGAGUUUUGUAUCUUUAGGAAGAAGCAUCAAAAUUCUGGUUUGAGGGACGAACAACCUGAAGGUGAGGAAGGAGCUUCCUUAUGAGAUAGGGAUGUACUGGGCAUUUUUCAAAAACAGCCCCAGCUCUUCAUGCCUGUCACAUUUAAUCACCUAAAGCCAUUCAUCACUUAAGAAACUGUAAGGGAAGGUGGUUUAAUUAAGGGUUUGAAUUAAGACACACAUUUCCUUGAUUCCCUUGUUCAGCUUUGUGCUUAAGCUUCCCCUCAACUCUAUGUGGCUAGAAGACUAAAUUUGUCUGCAAAUAUUGAUCGUCUGAUGGAAAUACAAAAUUUGGGAUCAUUGAUAGGUUUGCAGUAAAGGGCUUGGCUUUUUGUGAUGGACCACAAGAAGGAACUGGGGUUCUUUCUCUAAUUGAAACAGUGAAGACUAUUCUGCACAGAGGCAAAGCAGGGUUUAACACAAAGUGUGCACCAAACAAGGAACUACAUCCAGUCGUGGCUUCCUGAACGGCUGACCAGGCCAACAGCCUCUGUCAGUAUCAAUCAGAUUUUACAUUAUUAAGUGUACAUUUAAAACAUUUGGUGUGCCUCUAAAAAUUCUAAGUUGGCCUAGAGACUCUGAGGAGCUAGAAUGCAAAUGUCAUCUAACUUCUUAACUAAUAUGCUGAAUGUGUGCCUCCUUUUAUAUUUGUUUUGAUUCUUUGAUAAUUCUGCCCCUUUUCUCCCAAACGCAUUUCCUGUAAAUGCUUUAGCCCAUUACAGUCAAUUUCCUUUGUCUGUUCUGGAAUGUGUUGUUAUGCAGUUGGUCAGGAGACAUCUUGCUGGGCAGUAUUGGUGUGAGGAGGGGGCAGAGCAAGAGAGAUUGAGAGUUUGUUGCUCUUCCCCCCUUUCACAACAGAUCUUUGUGCAAAUAUGUCAGCAAAAUAAGUAUAAUUUCACACAUGCAGGAAGGGGAUCCACACAGAGCUGACUUUGCUUUCUUUUGAAACAUUCAUUUAAAUAUGAUUAUCUUGGAUAAAAGAUUUGAAGUGUCUUCCAGGAUUGUGAGCAGCUCACUGAUGACGUGUUUCCUCCCCAUAUAUAUGUCUGUCAUAUUUUUGUAUGUUAUACAGUGUUAUGACAGGCAUGACUUAAGAGAGCAGUUCCUUGAUCUGAAAGCUUCAUGUUGAGGGUGACCAUUGGAAAUUCUGAAAUUUAAUGAUAAGUUCACAUGUACCUGUUCAGUGCUGACUGCAUUAACAAGUUCUGGCUUACAUUCAUGUAUCAGAGAUAAAACACCAGAGAUAAAAGCCUCCACAUUGCCUUACACCACCCAAAACACAGUGCUGUUCUUCAGCUGAGUCAGUUCACUCUAUGAACUGCUGGUUACCAACCACAAUCAAGUGUAGAAAAACCAAGUGAUGUACAUGUGCAUGUGUGAACCAAUCUUUGAGGAAAUAGAAGUCCUCAAACUGACUCGACAACUGGUGCCAACUUUUACUUGACCUGACAGAUCUGUGGAUAUUCUAGGAAAUAAGAGUUUGUACUGUCUAAUCUUCUGGAACUGUAAAUGUUCUAGGUAAACCUGUUGUUACAUUUCCACUCCCCCCCCAACAGAAAAUAGUUGCCAGCUACCACAACCUUCCCUUUCCCCCUUUCCACUUUUUGAAGGUUGAAACAACUAGCAUGACUAUCACAACCAAAUUAACUCAUUAAAACAAUGAGGACCAUUAAAACCAGGACCAUUUUAUGCUAAAUUUUGAAUCGGACUUGUUUUUUUCUUUAGUAGAGCUUUGGUUACAGAUAAGGGGGCUGAAAUCACCAGCAGGGGGUCUUUCAUUGACAUAUGAGUGUGAUUACCCCCUCCCCUUGCUUUUUCUUGUGUAAAAGACCACAUGUCAUGUUACCUGCAUGACCCUUUUCCAUCUUUAAAUGUUUAUUUACCUUUGACUGUUCUUGUAAAAACUUUGAAGUGUUACCCAAUAUUGUCUUCCCACUACCUCAGGUAACAUCAGAUGGAAUCUGUCACAUGGGAGGAGCCCACCACCUGUGUUUUCCUCUUAGAAACUGGGAUUGUUCUGCAUGGCCUCUGUGUAGUCACACACAUGGGUUCUGCACUUGUGCACAGCAACGUAAGGGAUUUAUUUUUUUUUGGAGAUCUUAAGAAAGCAGGUAUGGAUGUGAUGCUGUUGCUCAAGGGGCAGACAAGUUCCUUCCCACCCUGAUCUUUUUCAGUCACGUGGCCUCAUUCUUUUUGGUAUUAUCUGAAUACUACAAAGGAAGGAGCCAUCUCAAGGGCUCCCCAGGAAACAUGAGAAGAGCCUUGAGAUUUGCUGCCGUAUAAUUUGAAUUGAUAAGCUUUCAUUAGACUUCCUUCACAAGGACUCAGGUGGGUUAUGGCAAUAGUCCUUUACCUUUUUUAAACAUACACACACAUUGUGAUUGCAAGUGACUCUGAAAUGAAUAUUUAUUCAAGACUACUUAUAGAGUUUUGGGCCCAAACUAGGGUGUUAGAUCUUGGUCCUCCCAAGUCUGCUGAACACUCUAGCUACUGUGCCUAGCUGACUCUUGACUGAAGUUGGGUUGUUUCUAUCCGAUGCUGAGCGAUGCAGAUAGCUUUGUUGCAAGACUUAAUCAUUCUUGUGCCAUUCUGGGCAAGUUCUACAUUAGAUUUUGUAGCCAUGAAAUUGUAAGUGGUCAGUGUAACUGCUUACAAUUAAAGACUGUCUUUCUGAAUGGGUCAUCCAUAUAAUUCACUCCUUUUUUGCCACCGUCCAGGAGUCUUCUAGAGUUAACCAUCAAGCCCCAAAGGGUUCGCCCAGCUAACCUAUUUAUUAAGCAUUGAUCUUCAUUUUGCUUGCACAAAGGUUAUAUGAUGUUCACUCUUUAUUGAAUAUUCAUUCUGGUUUGUUUGUGGGGACAAUCAGUUCACUUCCCUAUCACUUUCCUAACUGCAGAAAGUCUUUAUUUAAAAGUGGAUUGGUUGUGCCAGAGCACUUUAAUUGCGUAAACCUAAAUUUCUAAUAUGUGAUUGAAUCCUGCCUGCAAAAUAGUGGCAGUCCUAGUGGUGACCUACGUAAGUUGUAUACAAUGACCAUUUUCAUUAUAUUCUCCCAUGUAUGCCAUUUACAGCAAUUCCUGUAAGAGUCAUUCCAUGGAAGCAAUAUUUUUCUCUUGGCAAUACCACUUCAUUAUGAGCCUGAGGACCAUC